AUGUCGACAAGCGAGUCAAGUUCCCGGCCAGGGACACCACGGAAGCGCUCUGAAACACUCGCAACCCAUUCCCGGCCGGAAUCGAUGCAGUCUGUCCACGAUGGAGUUGAAGGGAGAGACCGGUCGCAUUCGGUGUCACAUGGGCAUGGCUCACAGGUUCCUAGUACAGGAUUUGACAGUGUUGACCGAGUCUUCCCCAUCCGAUCAGUGGUAUCUGUGGACCGGAAGGCUGCCGACCAGGCAGCGCAUGCGCGGGCCGCAGUUUCACCGACUCGUGAAGGCGCCAUGCAGUACACGAUCAUUGAUACCCAAACUUGGAAUAAAAUCCAGUCGCAAUCGUCGCAACCCCACUCGGAAACAGGCCCAACCAUUCCGGCCGAUACGAUUCGACAUGAAACCCAUGCCACCGACGAUGCAACCGAACUAGCUACGCACUCCAUGGCGUCCCACGUGAACCAACAUCCGGAAGAUUACGCAAAGGAAAAAAGCGACAGUCAUUCGGGCAGCACUACUACCGCCUUGCCGGGAUCUCAGCAGGUAAUGCGAUCGGAUGAGCCAUAUGGUCAUGUUACGGCUCGAUCCUCCCACGUCAUGACUGACGGCGGCCAUGCGGUGGUGAAGGGAAAGGAUGAAAAAUCAUUCCAAUACUGCGAGGAUGAACCAAUCCGAAUUCCCGGCGCCAUUCAAAGCUUCGGAGUGAUGAUCGCCAUCCGUGAGGAGGCCCCGGAUAAACUCGUGGUACGCGUCGUCAGCGAAAAUUCGGAACGGUUGCUAGGCUACACGCCAAAUCAACUUUUCGAGAAAGACAGCUUCUGCGAUAUCUUAAGUGAAGAACAGGCUGACAUCUUCCUUGAUCAUGUCGACUUUGUGCGUGAUGAUGCCUUCGAUCCCAGCGUGGAUGGGCCCGAGGUUUUUAUCUUGGUCAUUCGAACUCCAUCGGGGGAAAGACGUCGUUUUUGGUGCGCAGCACACGUUAGCCCCUCUCAGAAGGACCUGAUCAUCUGCGAACUGGAGCUGGAGGAUGAUGAUAUUAAUCCAUUAAAUGUUGACGGACAAUCCACUCCGGCAACCCCUGCAGACACCAUGGGUACAAUCCCAACUCCGGAGCAAUUUGCUGCGAGUACCAUCAACACCAGCCAGCCUCUCCGGGUUCUCCGAAACGCACGACGACGAAGAGGCGAGGCUGCUGCGAUGGAUGUCUUCAGCAUUUUCACUCAGAUUCAAGAGCAAUUGGGUCGGGCGAACGAUUUAGAUCAAUUACUCAACACGACUACUGGUUUGGUUAAGGAACUUACUGGCUUUCACCGCGUUCUCAUUUAUCAGUUUGAUAGCAGCUGGAAUGGUCUGGUCGUUGCUGAACUUGUCGAUCCUAAAGCCACUAUUGAUCUCUACAAAGGUCUGCAUUUCCCUGCAUCCGACAUUCCCGCCCAGGCACGUGAGCUCUACAAGAUCAACAAGGUCCGUCUACUGUACGACCGGGACCACACUACGUCUCGCCUUGUGUGCCGGACGUUAGAGGAUCUCGAAACUCCCCUUGACAUGACCUUUGCCUUUUUACGGGCCAUGUCUCCUGUUCAUGUGAAAUAUCUAGCGCACAUGCAGGUUCGUUCGUCUAUGUCCAUCAGCGUCAACGCCUUCAAUGAUCUCUGGGGUUUGAUUUCCUGCCACUCUUACGGAUCGAACGGCAUGCGCGUUUCAUUUCCCAUCCGAAAGAUGUGUCGUUUACUUGGAGAUACGGUCUCAAGAAACAUCGAGCGCCUGUCAUAUGCCUCUCGACUUCAGGCACGAAAGCUUAUCAAUACCGUCCCGACCGAGGCCAACCCUUCUGGUUACAUUAUCGCAUCUUCAGAUGAUCUUUUGCAACUCUUUGAUGCAGACUACGGUGCCCUCUCCAUUCGUGACGAGACAAAAAUACUCGGUGAUAACUCGCACUCACAAGAGGUUCUUGCUUUGCUGGAGUUCAUUCGCAUGCGUCAAAUAAACUCAGUACUUGCUUCACAUGAUAUCAUCAAAGACUUCCCUGAUCUGCAUUACCCCCCUGGCCUCUCUGCGAUCUCGGGACUGUUAUAUGUACCCCUGUCUACUGGUGGCAGUGAUUUCAUUGUUUUUUUCCGCAAAGGGCAGCUCACGGAAAUCAAAUGGGCUGGCAAUCCCUACGAAAUUGCCAAGCGGAAAGAAACGGCAGGGUAUUUAGAGCCUCGUGAAAGUUUUACGGCGUGGCGAGAGACAGUCUUGAGCCAGUCACGCGAAUGGUCUGAUUCAGAUGUCGAGACCGCCGCGGUGUUAUGCCUUGUCUAUGGAAAAUUUAUCAAAGUAUGGCGACAGAAGGAAGCUGCUAUGCAAAAUUCUCAGCUUACCCGGCUACUUCUCGCCAACUCUGCCCACGAGGUUCGUACGCCUCUGAAUGCUAUCAUUAAUUACCUAGAGAUAGCAUUAGAAGGUGCUCUGGAUGCGGAGACUCGUGAAAGCUUGACCAAGUCACACUCCGCCUCCAAGUCCCUCAUUUACGUUAUCAAUGAUCUCCUUGAUCUUACAAACACCGAGACGGGUCAAGCACUUAUCAAAGAUGAAGCCUUCGACCUCAAACUAACUCUACAAGAAGCCGUUGACAUGCUCGCAGGAGAGGCCAAACGCAAGAGCAUCUCGUUCUCCGUGUCCAUUCAGCCUGGGAUUCCUUCCAAGGUUUUUGGGGAUCAGCGGCGCAUUCGCCAAGUCUUUUCAAAUAUCAUCUCCAAUGCCAUUCAACAGACUGCAUCUGGUGCAGUGAUUGUGGAAAUGUGGCGGUCUGCUAAGCAGGACGCAACUGAUCACGUUGCAGUGGAGAUGAUGGUAGUGGACACAGGCGCCGGGAUGUCAAAAACGAAGCUCGAGGCACUCUUCUCCGAGCUAGAACAAGUGUCAGUUGAUAGCUAUCAGGGAGAGGACGACAAUAAAGAGGUUAUAGAGGAAGAUCUUCAACAGCAGCGAGUUCUUGGUUUAGGGCUUGCCCUUGUCGCCAGGAUCGUGUACAGUAUGAGAGGUCAGCUUGGAGUCAAAUCUGAGGAGGGCAAGGGCAGCCGCUUCAAGGUGAAAUUGCAGUUCCGUCUACCAGAUGGAUCCUCAGUCGAGACACCUACGGAGACCAGUCUUCCUGCGCAUGUGUCUGUACCUCCUACGCCCAUGAUCUCGGACCAGGAAUUUACUUUGCCCCGGGCUGGCUCCGAAAGGCGGGAAGCCCGGCGACGAAGUUCGGAGAGUUUACGUUCUGGCGGCAGCUCUCGCAGUGGGAGAAGCCACGCGGAUCGGCUCAUUAGCGCCAUGCAAGAGCCGCCUCUUAUCCAACGUGCCCCGAGCGAGAGCUCUGAUCUAAGCAAGUUCAGGUAUUCCACCAGUCCUCAGAGCACUGGCUACCUGCCGGCGUCAGUGGGAUCACCACCUUCACACCUUAGACAGACAUCAAUUGGACAGGAUCCCCUUGCUAGCCUUUCCACCGUGACGCACACACCGCCACUGACUUUAAUGCCAACAUCGACUCCGCCGCUACCGGGCACCGAAAACAUUACCGACUCGGGUGUGCCAAUGGGGCCUGUUCGAAUUUCCGAGCGCAAGCCCAAGCAACCGUCCUCCUUGAGCAGGGAGGAACAAUCCUACUUCCCUCCUAUGUCCCCGCGCGAGGAACAAUGUGAGACCAUCUCAACUGUGGGUGAAUCAUCCAAUACAUCAACGUCAAUUGUCCCAGGCAAUGUACAACUUCUGCGUGUACUUGUCGCGGAAGACGAUCCAGUCAAUAGCAAAAUCAUACACAAACGUCUUACCAAGUUGGGGCACACUGUUGAGCUCACAGGUAACGGCGAAGCCUGUGCCACCGCAUUUUCCACCCACAGUGGCGGCUUUGAUGUCGUCUUGAUGGAUAUCCAGAUGCCCAUCGCAGAUGGUUAUGCUUCCACCCAGAUGAUUCGCAGUUUUGAAUCCAAGGCAGACUCUGAGUUGCUUCCGGGUGCAGCCCGGAGCAAUUCCCGCAUUCCGAUUUUCGCGGUUUCGGCUUCUCUUUUAGAGUCUGAAAGGCAGAAAUAUAUUGAUACUGGUUUCGACGGUUGGGUCAUGAAACCCAUCAGCUUUUCUCGACUGAAUGAGCUGUUUAACGGCAUAUCAGAUAACGAGGCCAGAAAACAAGCCACAUACCAACCAGGUCAAUGGGAAAAUGGCGGAUGGUUCUAG